AUGGAGGCGGACGGGAACCCGGAGGAGCUGGCCCAGCUGCGCUCGGUCUUCGCCGCCUGCGACUCGAACCGCUCCGGGCGCCUGGAGCGCGAGGAGUUCAGCGCUCUGUGCGCGGAGCUGCGCGUGCGGCCCGCGGACGCCGAGGCAGUGUUUCAGCGGCUGGACGCGGACCGCGACGGUGCCAUCACCUUCCAGGAAUUCGCGCGCGGCUUCCGCGGGGCCCGGGGCGGGGGCCGGCGUCGGGGCUGGGGGCCGCGGGAGUCCUCUCCCGCCGCAGCGGACGUGGGCACUGAGGCUGAAGACAGAGGGGAAGACGAGAGUGACGAGGACGCGGCGGCCGCGCGAGCCGCCCCGUGGGACACGGCGAGGCCCGGUUGCGCCUGGCAGGACUUCCAGGCGCGACUCGGGGACGAAGCCAAGUUCAUCCCCAGGGAAGAACAAGUUGGUAUCCUAUAUCAAAACAUCAACCUCGUGGAGCCAAGACUGAUUCAGCCGUAUGAACAUGUCAUAAAGAACUUUAUCCGUGAGAUCAGACUUCAGAGCACAGAAAUGGAAAACCUGGCCAUUGCAGUGAAGAGAGCUCAGGACAAGGCAGCCAUGCAGUUGAGUGAGUUGGAAGAGGAAAUGGAUCAGAGGAUUCAGGCUGCAGAACAUAAGACACGGAAAGAUGAAAAACGCAAAGCUGAGGAAGCUCUCACUGAUCUCAGACGUCAGUAUGAAACAGAAGUAGGGGAUCUGCAGGUGACAAUAAAAAAACUAAAAAAGCUUGAAGAACAAUCAAAACACAUAAGUCAAAAGGAAGAUGUGACUGCACUAAAAAAACAAAUUUAUGAUUUAUCAAUGGAAAAUCAGAAAGUUAAAAAAGAUCUUUUAGAAGCACAGACAAGCAUAGCCUUCCUUCAGAGUGAAUUAGACGCUCUGAGAAGUGAUUAUGCUAACCAAAGUCUGAACUCUGAGAGGGAUCUGGAAAUAAUCCGAGAGUACACAGAAGAUCGAAAUAGUCUUGAGAGGCAAAUUGAAAUACUGCAAACAGCGAACCGGAAGCUUCGUGACAGUAACGACGGUCUUAGGAGUGCCCUUGAAAACAGCUGCAGCAAGUUCAGCAGAUCCUUGCGUGUAAAUAACAUAUCACCAGGGAAUACAAUUUCUAGAAGCAGUCUUAAAUUUAAUGGUCAUUCUCCUCAACCUCUGGGCUAUGACAGGUCGUCCCGCUCCUCCUAUAUGGAUGAGGACUGUGACUCAUUGGCCCUCUGCGAUCCUAUGCACAGGAUGAAUUGUGAAGUUGACAGCCUGCCCGAGAGCUGCUUUGACAGCGGCUUGUCUACCCUGAGGGAUCCCAACGAGUACGACUCAGAGGUGGAAUACAAACACCAGCCGGGAUUUCAGAGGUCGCACGGGGCGCAGGAGAGCUUUGCAGGCGAUGCUUCAGACACAGAUGUCCCUGAUAUAAGGGAUGAAGAGGCAUACGGCUCUGAAGGUGUGGCUGCUGUCUUAGACUGGAAAUCCCAAGGAUCUGUUAGUGAAGGCAGCGUGGUUGGUUCAAUAAGAAGACCCAUCUCAGCACUUUCACCCCAUACAGACACGGAGAAUGACAGCCCCAACUUGUCUAGCCCACAGAAGGCUUACAAGAUUGUGCUUGCUGGGGACGCUGCUGUGGGGAAGUCCAGUUUCCUCAUGAGACUUUGCAAGAAUGAAUUUCGAGGAAAUACCAGUGCCACCCUGGGAGUUGAUUUCCAAAUGAAAACUCUCAUUGUAGAUGGAGAGCGAACAGUUUUGCAACUCUGGGACACGGCUGGUCAGGAGAGGUUCAGAAGCAUUGCCAAAUCUUACUUCAGAAGAGCGGACGGUGUUUUGCUGCUGUAUGACGUUACGUGUGAGAAGAGCUUUCUUAACGUACGAGAAUGGAUAGACAUGAUUGCGGAUGCAGCCCAUGAGACAAUCCCUAUCAUGCUGGUGGGAAACAAGGCUGACCUUCGAGACUCUGCUUCUGCAGAAGGGCAAAAGUGUGUCUCAGGGUACUUUGGAGAAAAACUGGCCAUGACCUAUGGUGCCUUAUUCUGUGAAACAAGUGCCAAAGAUGGUUCCAAUGUAGUGGAAGCUGUUCUACAUCUUGCUCGGGAAGUGAAAAAAAGAACUGAGGAGGAGGACAGCAAAUCCAUCGCCAACCUGAGUGGGACCAGUUCCAAAAAGUCAGCCCAGAUGAAGAAUUGUUGCAGUGGUUAA